AUGUUGUGUCCAAUUAUUGAUGAAAACUAUGACUCAGACUCUGAGCAAAGCAAUUGUAGUGAAGCUUUGAACUGUCAGGUUGAUCAAACUCGAGACAGUAAAGAAACAACAGCAACUGUCCUGACUGCAGCACUCGUUUCGAAGAAACCUGAACCACCUUCUUCUGGGUCUUCUGAUAUUGGCUCCUCUGGGCAAGGAAGUUCUUCAGGUACGAUUGUUCCGUCACUUUCGAUUGACAGGCGGAUCCAAUCUUCAGAGGAAACGAUAAACAAUUUGGAUGACAAGACAUCUUCAAAAUCACUUGAUGUUCAGAAGUCGCAGACUGUUGGGGACGAGCGUUCCACAUGUCCCACUGAAGAAGACAUGAAAUUACCCACUUCUUCGAUAACCAACUCAGACAGUACCAUAGCUGAUCAUACAACUUCUGGUGCUGAAGAUGCAUGGUCUUCUUGCCCCAGAAAAGAUUAUUGGAUUUUGGAUAAUAAUAAAACAAUUAAUGUAUCAAGUGAUGUUCUUUCCUACUUCGGUGGUAGUGCAAACUCAUCAAGUUCUGGAUAA